GGACUAACAAGUGACUGCGGACCUGUGGUUGGCUAGAAUCCUCGGCCAUAUCCCGCCAGGUCACAUUCAACGUUCCGCAGUCGGCGCCCGCCCACCUUAUCGAUUGCCAACCUGACUUCAUACUUCCCCCAGCAUGUUAUCACGACGCCGCUGAAACAACCUUCAACAACAUGGACAUGUCGUCUCUCACACGGGCGCACGACCAUGCUCGUGCUGCCGCCGUGGCCACGCGCUCCAACUCCGCGGACACAACAGUUGCCAUCAACGAACACACUCAGGCUGCUGGCGAAUUCGCAACCACAGCCACCUCGACCUCCAGCGUCGAGGCGCUGCGCAUGCUGAAGCUUCUAGAGAACCACCAUCGGAAACUGGCGACCCUCCUCAAUCUGCCGGCACAACAGGCUGCGCAGCCAGCACACGAUGCGGAUGACAUCAGCGAAAAGGGCCACGACAGGCGAGCCAAAAGCAAGAGCGAGACCGUGACUGUGACAGAGGCCAGGACGGUCACGUCUGCGCAGAAGUCAAAUGCGCCACAGGAGAGAAGAAAACCACCCCGCGAAAUGUCGUCUUCCAUCGCCAGCAACCUUGCUUCGGCGCGGGGAAUCCGCUCCAAGCAUCAAGGGCAACCUCUGUCUCCCAGCAUAUCAAAAGAUCAAGCACCCGGCAACGUCGACGGCCACCCACGGCGAGAUGGCUCUCAGGCUAAAAUGCAAAACAUUAUCGAGCACAAGCCCGGCAAACCAACCUGGGUACCGCCUCACGCACCGACUGAUUCGAUGACCAAGCAGAGAAUACAUGCAACUCCGCCGAGACCGAGCGAUAACAUUGACGACGGUGGCUAUGGUCGAUUUUACAAUGCUUUUGGAGGCCUUUUUAGCAGAAUAUCAGCGCCUCUGGCCUUUGCUGGUUUGCCGCUUGUUCAAGAGGAGCCCGAUGAGCCAGAGUCUGCAGCGCCCGAACCGACCAUCAAUAAGCGACGAACAGUCAAGUCUGCGCAUGCGAACGAUGACCCGGAUCUUUCCAAAAUCUACUCCCAAGCAACAAUGCGCACUCUCAAGAAUGCAGGACAUGGUCCAACAGAAUCAUUCUACGUUGUCCCUAUGAGUGGGGGCACAAUGUCCUAUGCGAAUAUCGUCCGACAUGAGCAGCGAGAGAAGCGCCGCAAUGAUGCCUCCCAGUAUAGUUUCUCCAGAGACGACGAGGACGACGAUUUUGUAGAUGCGAGCGAGACUCCCGUGCCACGGUCGCCUGAUGCGCAACGCAACGUCAGUCGCAGCCGGGCAGACAAACAAUAUUUGAAUACAAUCGAAGAGCUGUCCACACAGAACAAGUCCUUAAAGGAUAUGCUCGACAAGCUCACCAAGCGUCUCCACGCCUUCGAAGCCAGCGCCCAAAAUAUGGCGAUGAGCUAUCGACCAAUGCGUCCCGGUUCGCCCCUCUCCACUACGAGCAAGGCUCCAGUGGAAGCCAGUGGCAAGAAGCAGGUCGAAUUGGAAGAGGAGAUGCAUGCAAUGAGACAACAUGCCGAGAAGCUGGAGAAAGACAACAUCAAGAUGCAGAAAACGCUGGAGAAGUACCGACAGAAGUGGGAGACACUCAAAGCAGGCGCCAAGGCGCGGAGGGAGGCACAAAGUGGUGGGGAUAGUAUCGAAGAUGCAAGGAAUAUCUAGCCCUCUUCAUCCAGAUAUCAUUUAGCCUGCACAGUAACAAGGAGAUUUGUUGCGUAUGAUCUUUCUUGAUGUCAGCACGGAGGGGUGACGGUCGCGUUUGUGACCACCAGUGGACCCGAGCAUCAAUUCCACCAGAAACUCACGCUGAAGCUGAUGCUCAAACUUCUCACAUAGUGCCACCAGCCCAUCGGUAUGAGCAGAGUAUCCCCCGGACCCAAUAUCCCUUCCCAAUAGUCAACACCGGAGAGGUUCGCUUUAAGCUCUUCCAACUCAUCUGGGCUGCCAUCGUGGGGGUCCCAGCCUUCCAGUA